AAUUCAAUACCCUGAAAUUAAAUGAAAAAUGUAUCUAUGUAAAGGCAAAGUUGGUCUGUUGCUCUUUCAUGUAAUCUCAGAUGUAUUAUUUGCUGCAUCAGUAUAUCAAUCUUUUAUAUAGUUAUUUUGAUAUAAAACACAUACACACACGCACACAGGUUCUGAAUAUUCCUCACUGACUCCUAUAAUGUUCUUUUUGAAUUAAAAUGUCAGAUAUAUAUAUAUAAAAAAACUUAUUUUUGACUAUGUUUUUUUCAAUUCUUGACAUAUAAUAGUGAGAACUGUUGAGACCGAAAACUGAUGAAUUUCUUAAGUACCUACAUUUAAAAUCCUGAAUAAACAGAUUGAAAAAAGAAGCCGAACUAAUAAGGAUAUGAAUAUGGCAAUUAAUUUUCACAACGUUAGCUUCAUUGUGUGUUAAAGAAUACGAGGUUCUGUCCUUAGUUUGAUAUAAGAGCUGUUAAAAGUAAUAAUUAGCUUUUUGGUGUAUUGACAAAUGGAUUAAGUACCUUUAUGCUUGUUUUUAUACUUUUAUUUGUACAUACUUUGAUUGUUAUCGUUGAUGUACCAUUAACCUUUGUUGGCACUAAAAGUGAACGUUCUACAUGACCAUUUCACUUGGGUCUACUUUUUCAGUAAUCUUUACCCUUGGGAUCUUCGUACUUUAAAGAGCAAUCGAGUUAUGAUUCUAUGAGCUAAUCAUUUCUUCUCUCAAAAUCCAUCUCUAUCUCUCUCUAUUUCUUCUACUUAGUCCUCAUAUGACUGUAUUCUAGUAAAUAUCUCUUGUUGUUUUAUCGUCAAUCCCUAAAUUCCUAAUUUCCUUAACGGUAUCAAAGACUUUAAAGAUCAUUCUUAAAAGUUGGAAAAAACACUUUGUCAGAAACUUCUGUUAUGAUAAAAUUGCACACUGUUUUAGAGCCGUGUGAACUUAUAAAGUAUGGAAAAAGAAGAAGACAAUGAAGAAGGAGUAAUAGUAAAUUUUGUUUGCAGGUGUUUGGAACCAUUCAGAGCAUACCACCAAACACAAAUUGCUGUAAGGAUGCAACAAUGGGUGACCAAUGGCCCCGUGUUUUGUAUGUUUUGUGGACAGAUGAAAGAGAGCCAAUCAAUGAUGAUCAAACAUUUCUCCGUAGAUCAUAAGAUACAGUGUGGCCACUGCCGUGCGUGUUUCACCAGCAAACAACAGCUGGCCGUCCAUAUGGCACUCCACAAUAGCAAAGAGACAUCCAAGACUGAUCACUUUGUUGGCCAAAAACUUGAAGGUGACCAAAAAAGGAAGAACACCUGUGGCACGAAUAAAGACACAAAAGAUUCACAAUUUGUAUCUAGUGAGGAUUGUAGGGCAACAAAACUUAAAUCACGCUGCAGAAAGCAACUCGGAAGAAAGCAGGUUUGUAGCACUACUUUGCCCAGAAAGAAUCGAAGCAAAACUCGAUUUCAUUGUGAUAAAUGCCCAUUAUUAUUUUCUAGACGAGUUGACUUGACAAAACAUCUCUGUACGGAAACAUUAAAUUUAGUAAUCAAUAAAAAUGGAAGCACCUCAAACAAAUUUUCACAUACGAAUAAAUUAGACAAGGUAUUACAUGGAGUGUCAGAAGAUUUUUUGGAUGAGAAAAGCAGAUCAGACAUUGAAGAUGAUAUGAAUUUGAUGAAUUACAGUGACGAUUCUGUAAAGAGUGAAGAUAUCAGUCGUCAUCUCGAUGUUAAACCUCAGUUUUCUGUCCAACCUAUGUCUGAAUUAAUUUCUUCAGGUCAACUAUAUUCUUGCUCAAUGUGUGAUUUUGCAUGUACAAAAAAGACAGAAUUAACUGCUCAUCGACUUAAAGAACAUGGAACUGAAAUUAAAAAACUUCAAGGAACUCCUUUGAAAAAUGUUUCAGUCGGUUUGUUUCCAUGUACUCUAUGCAGUAAUUCAUACUCUAGGAAUUCAGACUUAAUGAGGCAUGUUCUCAAAAAGCACGGUGGUGAAAAGUUGUCUAGAAGAUGUGUUGAUUCCGUAGAUGACAUGGAUGUAGAACUCAUCAAUAAAGCAAAAGAAGUUAUAAAUGGCAUCACUGUAUACAGGUGUGAGGUUUGCAACAAGAGUAUGAUUACUAAGAGAGGUUACGUUCGUCACGUGAGAACUCACACCGGCGAACGUCCGUUCACAUGUCACGUUUGUGGUAAACAGUACCGCUCCAGCACUGACCUCUCACGGCAUCUCAAGUGCGUUCAUGACGGAGUGAAAAACUACCCGUGCGAUGUAUGUGGGAGGUGUUUUGCCAACAAGGGCACACGAAACGAUCACCGGCGUACACACACCGGGGAGAAACCGUUCGUCUGUCACAUUUGUGGUAAAUCCUUUCCCACACAGAAUUCUAUAUAUGUUCACCGUAGAACUCACACGGACGUUUUUCCCCACAGUUGUACCACGUGUAACAAAAAGUUCAGGAGAAGACAACAGCUGAUACAUCACAUCAGAAUUCACACCGGGGAGAAACCGCACGCCUGCGAUAUUUGUGGCAAAUACUUUCGAGUAAAAGAUGAAGUGUCAAGGCACAGACUGACUCAUUCCAAUGAAAAACCCCACGUUUGUCCUGUUUGUGGUAUUUGUUUUGCACAAAAGCGCUACCUUUCAAACCACACAAAAACACACCAUUCAAGAUUGAUGUAACAUAAAUGAGUAAGACUGAUUUACAAUUUAGUUUUAUAACCAGAUUGAUGAGAUAUUUUGUACCCUAUAAUAGUUUUGUAUUGGACAGUAUUUUAAAUUUUUGUAUAAGCAUGUAAAGUAAAAUAUUUUAUACAAA